AUGUACCCAAGGGGUAAUGCACCAUGUGUCAAUGAUGAAGAUUUCGCGUUUGACUUCGAGCCAAGUGAUGACGAUUUCCGUUCGUUCUUUGAUUUUGAUGAUGUUAAUGAAGUUGUGAGUGCUCCAACAGAGACUGAGGGAGACUCUAAUAUUCUCAAGUUGUCGUCUCAAUCAACCGCACAAAUGGAUGAAUUCAUUGCUCAACUGCACUCAACUGCGAGGAUUCCUCCCCGAUCAGUUGUUACUCUAAUCAUUACUCCAUCGGAUCGUGAUCUUGGUGAAACUCAAGCCUCUCAUCCACCUUUGAAAUGA